GAUCCACUAUGCUCUGACCUCCUCGCUGGCUCAGUUCUACACUAGACCUCCCGAGCUACUUCAGCAAGCCAUCCGCAUCAGUCACGGAGGUCGAAACGGCUUCAGCUGGACCCUCAGUAUUCUCGCUGACCGGGUUAUCCCUGCGACGACCUUCUCCUUGGAAGUCGCCUCCAGUCAUGGCGCGUUCUGAAGACACGAUACCAUUAUACUCUAGACCGUCUAGUCCUGCUCUUCGUCACAGGUCCUCACGCUCAGGAAGUCCCUCAGGGACACCCCUACCGCAGAGGAUGGACUACACAGUCCGCCAACUGCUCCGCCCACAAAGAGUCCUCGCAUUCCUGAAGAUCGCGGUACCUGUGCUCGUCUUCUUCGCCAUCGUUGGCCUGUUGUACUGGGAGCCGCACGUUGAAAUAGCGGUCUACAACCGGUCAUGGGUCAAGCAAGAGAUCUUGACGGUCCCCCCUCUCGGCGGGUGCUUCAGCCCCAGCGCAGUCUCCCCGAGCUACAACCUAACGGACGCGCUAUAUGGCCCACGACGGACAGAAGUUCAUGCGGGAACUACGCUGCAGUUCGGCAUGGACUGCUACGAGUUCGCGGGGACGGUCCAACCGCUCCACCGCUCAUCUCCUCCCCGCCCUAUCCCCGGCGAUCAGCGCAUUCAGUACCACACGUACUGGCGCACGGACCUCGCGCCAUUUGGGCCGCGUCAGGAGUGGAUGCUCAAGUCGUUCUUCGCGACACAGGAUACGGACCGCACGCGGCUCAUACUGUGGUCAAACGGAGACCUCGCGCACAACCCAAUCCUGCAGAAGUGGCUCGCGCGUUACCCUGACGCGUUCGCGCUCAAGGUCGUGGACUACGCGCACCUCGCUCGUGGGACGGAGCUCGAGGGCAGCCCGCUGCUCCAGGUGAACGACAAGCGGGCGUGGAUCGAUGGGGACUUGGUGCGGCUGCUGGUGAUUUGGGCGUAUGGGGGCGUAUGGAUCGAUAUGGACUCGUUGCUGACGAGGGACUUGGCGCCGUUGCUGGAGCACGAGUUCGUGACGCAGUGGGAUUGCUAUGACAAGAAGUACGUCCCGAUGAACGGGGCGCUCAUGCACUUCCGCAAACAUUCCCCCUACCUCUGCGAAGCGUUCCAUGUCAUGGUCACCUCUGACCCUCCGCGCAAAGGCACGACCGACUGGGGUGCGCUCCUCUACUUCAAGCUCCGGCGGCGUUUGCUCGCUGGCGGCAUCCCACCCUUCAAGGUACUCCCCUUCUGCUUUUCGGAUGCGCGUUCGUGUCGACUCGACAAUCGUCUACCGGACCCGUUCGCUUCCGACCCUAGAGACGGGCGGUGGACUAUGGGUUACGGCAGAGAGGAGGGCGGAGGCCUGGACAACGUGUUGGGGAAGGUGUUUUCAGUGCACUUGCAUAAUCAGUGGAAGAAGCCGUUUCCCCCGAGAGGUUGGGUGGAGCGACUACUAUUGAGAAAGUAUGACCAGGAGCUUGGUUCUGCAUGACGCUUUACUGGGGACUUUCAUGUCAGAGGAGCUAUUUAUUGAUACUUGAUGCGAAUGUUGUUCUGCAAUGAACAGCCAGG